ACUACUCUAUGGGAGCCAGUUAUUCAACCACCUUAUAGUAGCCCCAUCUAAAUUGUAUUUGCUUAGUUUAUUUGAUUCGGUCUUGCAUUAUCUUAUCAAUAAAGUCUAGGUAUACCACGUCCACUGCUUUUCCUUUAUCCACAAGACUUGUUAUCCUAUCAAAGAAAGCUAUUUAUUCUGAAAAUGGCUAGUAAAAAUUAGAGGGAAUGUUGCCCCAGUCCCUGCAGGACCUGAGCCCAUGUUAAGCUAGGAUCUGGAUCUGAGACCUAUUACUUUCCUGUGUAUUUAUGUCUUGACUUGGAACUCUCCGGAGCCAGUGGAGUUGGCUAUUGGUUUCCCGUGCAUGUCAGCUCCCACCUGCCAUCCUGCUCCCAGGGAACCAGCAGCUGCUCCAAGUGCAGAGGCAGAAGCGCAGGGCAGCAGCCAGCUCCCUGGUUCCCAGACCAGGAACUGCAUCUAACAUUUGGCUAACCAAUAUGAGCUUAUCAGUUACCUAUUUAAGCAGUUGCACUCUUACAUCUCUGAUGUCUAUUACACACAAGCUAAAAGCAACACAACUGUAAAUGCUGCAGUUAUGCUGCUAUAGCAUAGAGCCUCAUGUUAGUAAUAGAAAAGUUUUUUCUGUUGCUGUAGUUAAUUUAUCUCCUUGAGAUGCACUGGUUAGAUUAAUGGAAAAAUUCUUCUGUCAACCUAGGUCAUCCUGACUAUGUUGAACAGUUCAUGCAAUAUUUCAUAUCUCCAGAAAUUGAAAAAGUGAAUCCUGAUGUCUUGCCCACCUACUUCACAAUCUUCCCCUAGGCGAAGUGUAGCAUCAGUAGUUCCCUUUGCAGAUCUAUGCUCAAUUUUAGAACGAAUACAGAAAUGUAAAUCCCGGCCAGAGAAAACCAAGUAUUUUAAGGAAUUUUUAGAUUCAUGGAGGAAAUUUCAUGAUGCUCUUCACAAAAAAGAGAGAGAUGUCACAGACUCUUUUUAUCCAGCAAUGCGUCUUAUUCUCCCGCAAUUGGAAAGAGAGAGAAUGGCUUAUGGAAUUAAAGAAACCAUGCUUGCUAAGCUGUAUAUUGAACUGCUCAAUUUACCCAAAGAAGGAAAAGAUGCCCUAAAACUUUUAAAUUAUAGAACACCUACUGGCUCACAUGGAGAUGCUGGAGACUUUGCAAUGAUUGCCUAUUUUGUAUUGAAACCAAGGUGCCCAAAACAAGGGAAACUGACAAUAGAACAGGUGAAUGAACUCUUGAAUUCAGUUGCUGGUAAUAAUGCUGCCAAAAGAAAGGACCUAGUAAAGAAAAAUCUUCUUCAGUUAAUAACUCAGAGCUCAGCACUCGAACAAAAGUGGCUAAUCAGGAUGAUUAUAAAGGAUCUAAAACUUGGUGUUAGCCAGCAAACCAUAUUUUCCCUUUUCCAUCCUGAUGCUUCCGAGUUACACAAUGUCACAACUGACCUAGAGAAAGUUUGCAGACUACUUCAUGACCCUGCUGUGUCACUCAGUGAUGUUUCCAUCAUGUUGUUUUCUGCCUUUAAACCUAUGCUUGCUGCUAUUGCUAAUGUCAAGCAAAUCGAGAAACAAAUGAAUAACCAGAGUUUCUACAUAGAAACUAAACUAGAUGGUGAACGUAUGCAGAUGCAUAAAGAUGGUGAUGUAUACAAGUAUUUCUCCCGUAAUGGGUAUGAUUAUACUCAGCAGUUUGGUGCUUCUCCCCUUGAAGGUUCAUUAACUCCAUUUAUUCAUAAUGUGUUUAAAAAUAAUAUACAAAACUGCAUUCUUGAUGGUGAAAUGAUGGCCUACAAUCCCAAUACACAAACUUUUAUGCAGAAGGGAAACAAAUUUGACAUAAAAAGAAUGGUAGAUGAUUCUGAUCUGCAGACAUGUUUUUGUGUGUUUGAUGUAUUAUUGGUUAAUGAUCAGAAAUUGGGUCAUGAAGUACUAAGCAAAAGAUAUGAGAUUCUAAAUGAACUCUUCACACCAAUGAUAGGCAGAAUUCACAUAGUGCAUAAAACACAAGCUAGCACUAGGAAAGAAGUAGUUGAUGCUCUAAAUGAAGCAAUAGAUAACAGAGAAGAAGGAAUCAUGAUAAAAGAUCCUAUGUCCAUUUACAAGCCAGACAAGCGUGGAGAAGGCUGGUUAAAAAUCAAACCUGAAUAUGUCAAUGGACUCAUGGAUGAACUAGACCUUUUAAUUGUUGGUGGUUACUGGGGCAAAGGUUUGCGUGGUGGCAUGAUGUCUCACUUUUUGUGUGCUGUUGCUGAGACUUCCCCUCCUGGUGAAAAACCAUCUGUAUUUCAUUCUGUUUGUCGUGUUGGUUCUGGUUACACUAUGAAGGAGCUGUAUGAUCUUGGUUUGAAGUUGGCCAAACACUGGAAACCUUUUCGUAAAAGAGAUCCUCCAUGUAACAUUUUAUGUGGGACUGAGAAGCCUGAAGUUUACAUUGAGCCUUGUAACUCAGUCAUAGUUCAGAUUAAGGCAGCGGAGAUUGUUGCUAGUGAUAUGUACAAAACUGACUGCACGCUGCGAUUCCCUCGAAUUGAGAAAAUAAGAGAGGACAAAGAGUGGCAUGAAUGUAUGACUUUGGAUUUCUUAGAACAGCUCAGGGGUAAAGCUUCAGGGAAGCUAGCAUCAAAGCACCUUGAUAUGGGAGAUGAUGAACCACAAGAAAAGAAACGGAAAACUGUACCGAAGGUAAAGAAAAUAAUUGGAAUCAUGGAUCAGUUUAAAGCCCCUGAUCUUUCCAAUGUAAACAAGGUUUCUAAUAUAUUUGAAGACGUUGAAUUUUGUGUUAUGACUGGAACUCAAAACCAUUCCAAAUCUGAACUGGAAAGUAAAGUAGCAGAAAGCGGUGGCAAUGUGGUGCAAAAUCCUGGACCAGACACUUAUUGUGUUAUUGCAGGAAUUGAGAAUGUCAGAGUAAAAAAUAUCAUAUUGUCCAACAAGCAUGAUGUUGUGAGAGCAGAGUGGCUUUUACAGUGUUUUGAAACAAAAAUGUUUGUACCAUGGCAGCCUGCCUUCAUGAUUCACAUGUCUCCAGAUACAAAACAACAUUUUGCAUGUGAGUAUGACUGUUAUGGUGACAGCUACACAGCAGAUACAGAUCUGACCCAAAUAAAGGAAGUAUUCUCAAGAAUUAAUGAAAAUGAUGAGAAGAUGCCUUUGGACAUGAUUGCUGACUUAGAAGAACGUUAUUUGUGGAACAGCUCUCCUCUCAGUAUGUUCAGGCAAAAUACCAUUUAUCUGGACCUUUAUGCUGCUGUUAAUGACCCGAGUACCAAGACCCAUGGAACAAUGCUAUCAAUUAGAGCUUUGGAGCUCCGUUUCCAUGGAGCAAAAGUAGUCUCGCAGCUAAAGGAGGGUGUGUCCCAUGUAGUUAUGGGAGAAGAUCGUACCCGUGUGAAAGAGAUAAAAGCACUUAGGAGAACAUUUGAGAGAAAAUUUAAAAUCCUAUCUGAGCUGUGGGUAACAGAUUCUAUAAAGGAGGGGAAGUUACAGUAUGAAAAUCAAUAUCUAAUUUAAAACUGAUUUUAAUUAGAAGUAAAGAUAACUUGCUGGUCUUAAGAUUUGAUGAGGUCAGUCUUUGUUUCCAGAUGUGUACCUAGCCUAUGGGUAAAGAGUAGCUCUAAUAUUUAUAUAUUGAAAAAAGAAAAAUAGCAUCUCCUGUGCUGGAGAAGGAGAAAAAGACUUCAGACUACCUUGGGAGAGUGCUAAUGAAAUAAUUAUAAGCUUUGUGUUUACAAAGAUCUCCCAUAGGAGAUUAUUUUAAUUAUAGCCAUGAAGUUAACCUUGUACCACUGAUAAAACUUCCCUUUAUUUAUAUACUAUUUUCUACCAUUUGAUCUUUCUGAGGUGUGAGAUUGAACUUUUAAAUCAAUAAUAUUUUAAAAGAAUAUGCAAUUAAAUUACAAAAAGCAUCUUAAACCAAAGCAUUAACACAGCUAACACGUUUUUAUACGGUUAAAUGUUCUACAUCAAUCACUGAAUAAUGAUUGUAUUAUAUACAUUUUAACAUUCUGAAGUAGAUAUUUAAGAUAUGCUAACUUUCAGGAUUUAGUCUGCAUGUAAAUUUGGUGAAAGUGAAUUUUAAGGGUAUUUUUCAAUAGUUCAAUACUAUUUGUGUAAGUGCUUCUGUGUGAGUAGACAGUAUAGGCCUAGAUCCAAAGGUUUAGUUGAAGGGUAAAUAAAAUAUCCAAGUAACUUAUAUGUUGAGAAUAUACACAUUUGAAAACUCCAGCAAAUCGCUUACUGACCACAAUACAGUCAGGAUUCCCCCGCACUAAUUUCAGCUUGCCUUUCUAUAUGUGAAAAUAUAUGGGUUAUUUUAAGGUGUUUAGUAAUGUAUAGCAAAUACACUUCUGUUUUAACCAAGACUUUUUACUGAAUGAUUGAAAUAAAGAUCUCUAUAUUUUUA